CGCAUGUGUACAUUUCGUUGCACUUUAUCUCAGCCUCUCAUAAUGUGUGGCCCAGUUUUAUAGCGGCACGCCUCGUCGGAUAUAAGUUUCAUUAUUAUUAUUGUUACUAUGUUCCUGUCCUUUGUCCACGAGGUGAAGGCAUGAUAUUGUUAGAGGCAGAGCGGAUGUACACUCCACUUAGUAUCGUCAGUGUAUAUUUAGGCACAGUGUAAUUAUAGGCACACAGGCUACCGUAUAGACGCAUAAUGAAAAUGAAACUAAAGUAGACAAUCGUAGCCUAUAUAUUUUUCUUCUUCAUUCAUUUGUUGCCGGCAACUGACAGCGGACAGUUAAAGUGAAUAUUUCUCAUGUCAGCGAUGGUGCGCACUGAGGAUGAAGAGCCCCACAGAAGCGACCCAGUGGCUCGUUUUCGCAGCUAUUUGCAUGGAGGAACCUCCAGCUUGCUCUCCACUCUCCCCACCAUCAUUGUCUUCCCUGUUUACAAGACCGUUUUCCGGCAGCAGAUCCACAACACCUUGGUGAGCCAGACGGUGAGCCAGCUCUACAAGGAGGGACCGGUCAAGCUGUACAGGGGAGUGGCCCCUCCAUUGCUGAUGAGGACGUUGAAUGGCACGCUGCUCUUUGGCCUGCAGGACACCCUCCUCCAUCAGCUGUCCUCCUCACCUCCCAGUAUUAUUCCUACCUCUGCUCUCCCAGCCCUGGCAGGGUUGGGUGCAGGUGUGGUAGAGGCUGUGGUGUUCACCCCCUUUGAGCGUGUCCAAAAUGUGCUGCAGAAUGGCCAAAAUGACCGUCAGCUGCCCACCCUGAGGAGUGUCCUCAUCAGGCUGAGGUCAGAGAGGCUUGCCUCCGGCUACUACAGGGCUUUCCUGCCCAUCGCAGCCCGUAACGCCCUGGGAAGCUGCCUCUACUUUGGUCUGAAGGGGCCCAUGUGUGCCGCUGUGGAGGGACAGGGGCUCUCCACCACAGCCUCCUCCUUCCUGUCUGGAACCCUGACCUCCAUGGCAAUCAGUCUGCCCCUGUACCCACUGUCUGUGCUCGUGGCAAACAUGCAAGCACAGGUUGAAGGGGAGGUGCAUGGGCUUAGGAGCUGCUGGAGGAUGCUGUGGGAAUCUCGACAGCGGAGUGUGGUUCUGUUGUACAGAGGAGGCUCCCUUGUUAUUCUGAGAUCUUGCAUCACAUGGGGAAUCACCACUGCUAUCUAUGACAAGCAGGAGAGAAGUGCAAGCUGAGGGGGCUCACAGGUGCAUAAAGAAUUGAAUGGGUACUCAUCUCUUUCUCCAGAUACUGACAAAGUUCAUCCAGCAUACAUCUUUGCAGCUAUUUGGGGCUUAAUUGUGGGAUUCUGAGAUUUAAAAGCCCUCUCUAUGGUAGAAAUCAGGUUUUAAUACACCAAAGUUUAUUGUAAAGGCGUGAAGGAUCCUGGGUGCCUUUCAUUUUGAUCACCUCAAAGUAGGAGAUGAGCUAAUUCUCAAGGUGCUUUGUCAAUAUAUCAAUGGAUUUACUUCUACUGUGAUACACUACACAAAUGUGACCAAAUACAAUGAAAAGGCGAGUGGAGUAACAAAAUGUAUUAUUUGCCAUGUAGCCCAUAAAAUGAAACAGUGUAUAUCUGUGUGGGAGAGAAAGAAUACAUUUUAUGCAUUAAUAGACCUAUGUAACCUUAACACUAACACUGUAACCUACCUGAAUGAUACAAUAAAAGUUUUAGUACUUUUUUCUCCAUGUGCAUUAAUAAACUAUUGUACAUCUGUGGCUUUUGUAGUGCAUGUCCAUCUUCUUGUCAUUGC